AUGACUCCUCGCAAACCAAAUCUGCAAACGUCUGACGAUCUUCUCAUCUGCAAUGAAUGUGGAACGCAGUACCCAGUCAGAGAGGACUCAGGCAGAAAUGAGUGCAAGGUCUGCGACGAUCCAAGACAGUAUGUUCCUGCCACAGGUCAGGCUUUCACCACGCUUGGGAAGCUCAAAGGAGCUGGGGAGUUUGCCAUAGGAGAGCGAGCGGAACUCAUCCAGACGAACAGAGCCGACAUUCUCUGGGACCUGAUACCCUUCCUUGACCAAGAGAACAUCGAUAAGAUCGUCAAGCUAGGUGGUCUUGAGGCUAUUGUCACAUCACACCUGCGUUACUACUCGACUUGGGCGGACUGGUCCCGAACAUUCAGUUGUCCAGUGUCCGUCGGCGAGCCUGAUAAGUCAUGGCUGGAGCGCGUGGACACGCCAGGCGCGGAGAUCCGGGUUUUGCACGACACGUAUACGCCAAUCCCUAGAGGCUCAGGAGCCACCGCGAUCCUCGCUGGAGGCCAUCUCCCUGUCAGUCUGCUCUUGCAUUGGAGUAAGAUCCUCUUCAUCGCGGAUACGAUCUUCACGUCUCCCUCUGCUACGAAUCCUGUGCCCGGGAAAGAUGGAGUGAUCUCGUCCACGCUGUGGUGUAGUAUAGCGAACCGGGUGCCGUUACAUCCCGACGAGAUCCUGCGAAUGUGGAGGGUCGUGAAGCCAUACGACUUUGAUACCGCGUUCGGUGCGUUUCGAGGACAAUCGUGCGAAUGUGGAGAAUCGUACGACGGCGCAGGGGGAGGAGCGAGGUACUGGCGGAGUCAAGGGCAGGCUGCUGCAGAGCCGCAAGAGUUGCCUAAGCGCGAUGGCUGGAGUGGGCAUGCUCUACUACGAGAGACAAUGUGA